AUGAGUGCAGUCUUCAACCUCCUGCUGCAGCACAGGCUGGACAGUUUCUACAAAACCUUUCUGGAAUUGGGGGUGAAAGAUGAGAGGGAUUUCAUUGAUGUGACGGAGGACGACUUGAACAAAGUUGGAAUGAGUCAGGUGGAGAGGAACCGGUUCACAGCCCUAAAGAAGGCGGUCGGCCGACUCAGAGCUCCUGCGGCUGCAACGCCCGUGAAGAAGUCCUUGGAGUCCUACUGUCUGCAGUACACGUUCCCCAAAUGCCCCGAACCGAGAUCCAUCAACGAUAUGGAUCCUGCACAAAACUCAGUUGAAGAUCUGAUGUUGAGGAUUUGUCACCUCGAAUGUGAGAAUCCAUCCAAAUCCGUGUGUCUCUACACAGUGGAUGGGAUGCCUCUGACGGAUGAUCCCUUCUUCAAUACAUGGUCCUUGAACGACAGACAUAUUAAAAAUGGAGAUGUAAUCUACGCCAUAUUCACACCGAAGAAGAACCUCAGAGCUCCUAAAGUGUCCAUGCGAGAGGUUCUGGAAAGCUUAGGAUCGGAUACGGUUCGAUGCCACGUCAUGCUCAAGGGGGACUUUGAGGUGACGGUGGAUUUGGCAAUCGAUACGAUCGGCAGCUUGAAGAACAAGCUCGCUAGUGAAAGUGGAAUCCCAAGAAACGUUCUCCAUUACAACGGUGAAUGCGACAGUGGCGACUCGUUGGAAGUUUGUGGAAUCUCAAAGGCGUCUACGGUUUACUUCUCACUGUCCACGUUUGCUGAGGAGGCUCCGGGCCAUGCAGAUUUCUUCAUGGAUGAUGUUGAACCCUCGGUGCAACAAACCAGCAAAGGAUUAAGUGUAUUCUUGUCUUCACUGUAUCUGAUCAAACACAAGGGUCUUGGAGUUCCAGACAGGGAUUUGAUUGGAUACAUCCGGAAACUGACUGGAUGCCACCCACUGGCCCAAAGUUUGCACCAGUUAAUUGAGAGGAAUCAGAUCAUAUCCUGGAAUCAGAAGAUCGCAGUGGUUGAAGGCUUGUACAUGCUCUUUCGAGAACUUUUGCCACAGCUUGGAAAAAAACAUGGAGAAAAGAUCAUUGAGGACGCUGAUGUGUUUGAGUACUCUACAUACUGCUGGGCAUAUCUUCUGUCAGAAGCAAAGAAAGAGACGUCAGCACAUGACAACUACGCACCGAUUUCUCUGAUAUCCGAUGAAGCCAGACGUUUCUGUGAUCCAGUCACUGUAACUGGAAUACCAGGUGUCUUUGAAAGAGCAGUUUUACUUCAGAAAAUCAAAGAUGGUGAAAAGAUUCCAAACUGCCCUGAAAAGGUUUUGAGUGAAAUGUUACUCAACAGAGCCACUGAUGUGGAGAAGAUUUUGCUCAGCGUUCAUCCAUCAAUGAAAACAUAUGAUCUCUGGAUUUUCCAUGACUAUGUGGCUGGGCAGAACUUUCAUAUGAAUACUUCGAAGACCUUUGGAGACAUGGCAGAAGAACUGAAAGCUUUCCCUCAACUAAAUGUUGCUCCACCGCUGCGUUUGAAGGACUUCGGUGUUGAUGACGGACAACUAGUUUACCUGAGUGAAGACAACCUUGGUGUCUAUUUGGGUAAAGAUAAGGCAUGUCCUGCACAACUCAAGGUGUAUAAUUGUAUGACUGGCAAAACCCAAAAUGUGGAUGUGGAUGCGUUAGCAGCUCUCACCGGAGACCAAAGGGAUGACUUUUCAUUCGUCACAACCAGGACUCCAAAGGAGGCCAUACUGGUGCUGAUAGAUACAAGCUCAUCCAUGACUGAGAAGUGCUAUGGAGAUUUGGAAAUGCAGAAAAUCCAUGCUGUGAAAGAGCUUUUUGACAACUUUGCAACACGGACCAUGGCUUAUGAUUUCCAUCAUGUCAUUGGCCUUGUGAAGUUUGACUCCACUGUGAAAACUCUCCACACAUUUACGGAAACACUCGAAAAGUUCAAGGAACACGUGCACAGCCUUCAAGCCAAUGGACGCACUACACUUUAUGAUGCCUUGCAUCAUGGAGCGCUUGAGUUGGAAAAUGCCAAGAAGUUUCCGGACUGCAAACUUCGCAUUCUCUGCCUCACAGAUGGAAAUGACGUUGGGUCUGUAAACAAGCCAGAGGUUGUUGUUGCCAAUCUGAUCAAAUCCAACAUCAUUGUGGAUUCAAUUCUCCUUGGAAAAGUAGAGAACAAUAUUCUGCGGGGAAUCAGCAAAGCAACAGGGGGUUGCUGUUUCAAACCGGAGACGAGCAAAGACGGUCUGAAGCUGUUUGAGAUCGAGACUGUUCUCUCUCUGGAGAUGAGGAAACCCAAGAACAAAGCUGACCCGUCUUCCAUCACUCUAAGUUUUUUAACAACGACCGGUGCUUGUCACGGGUAUGAUGAGUUUCCAGAGGCUGUCUUGCCAAGCCAGAUGCACAGUAAAGUGACCGGGACAGAUAGUGCUCUGAAAAAGAAGAUCCGGGACGCCAAGCUUCGUCCACUGAUGGAAAAGGACAAACGUAUCCUGCAGGAGCUGAGGAGCCUGCAUUGUGACCCACAUCCCUACUUCAGUAUCUUUCCAUCAGAAUCUGACUUCACAUUCUGGAAGAUUCUCAUGGAAGGACCUCCUGACACGCCUUAUGAGAGAGGGACCUUUGAGUUGUUCUGCCAGUUUGGUUCCGACUACCCAGUGAAGCCUCCACUCGUCCGCUUCGUCACAAGAGUGUACCACUGUAAUAUCAACAGUGUGGGGCGCAUCUGCCACAACAUAUUCGACCGGAACUACCACGCCCAAAUCACCAUGAGAGACGUACUCAAUGCUGUGUAUGGACUGCUCAUCAUCCCAGAGCCCGAAGACCCACUGGACAGCAUUCUGGCUGAAGAGUUCCUGACCAGCCCCAAGACUUAUGAGCAGGAGGCCCAAAAACACACCGAAGGAACCGCCGCACAGUCAAUGGACGAUAUGGAGAAGAAGUUGGUGGAUCCUGAGAAACAGUUCACACCCCAACAUCUUAUCUGCCCACUCACCAAAAAGAUGUUUGUGGAUCCGGUGAAGACAAGAAACGGAACGGUGUACGAGCGAAAGGCCAUCGAGAAACACCUCAAGACAAGCAAAAGUGAUCCAAAGGGUCCAGAAAGUCUGACUAAAGCAGAUCUGAAGCCCGCCACCGACAUGAAGAAGAUGGUGACGGAGCAGCGCCACCGACAGAUCCAGGGGGAGUAGAAGAGUUCUUCAGUUUCACAGGAAGGAAAUACAGCGUCGCCUGGAAGAUAUGGAACCUUUGUGUUUUCUUUCUCACAUAAUGCAAUAAUAAUAUACAUUUUGUACAAAACUGUUCAUGAAUUAUGGGCUUUUAUUAAAUGAAAAAUAAUGAUAUACUCUUGCAUUGAGCUACAAGCCUGGCAGUUAGAUCUAAAGUAAAGACUCAAGCACAACCUCGCCAUCUUUUAUUCACUGCCACUGUUUACUUAUUAAUAUUUGUCUGUGUAAUUAUCAUUUGACACAUUUUACACAUUGCACUGAAAGUUGACGAGUUUAGAACAUUACAUUCAUAACAUCUCAGAUCUCGACUGUAACGGGGCUUUGAGAUUGGUGGUUGUCUUUUUGUCUUUGUUUACUUGGGAAGUAUCUCGGGUGACUCUGGGUCCGUCUUUCAAUCAGGGGGUUGGAGGUUCAAUCCCCGCCCUAGUCGAUGUGUCCUUGAGCAAGGCACUUCACCCUGAGUGUCUCCCUGUCGCUGCUCUACAGUGUCUGAAUGUAACAGGACUGUAAGUCGCUCUGUAUAAAAGCGUCAGCUAAAUGACACGUGAUGUAAUGAAGUGGCUCACCGACCGUUCCUGUAGCUCGGUUCAGGUAAUGCGUCGCCAUGGCGACAGGUCAUGAAGUGCGAAGACCUUUUGAUUGACACAUUGACUUCCUUGUGCUAACCUGACAUCACAAGCUCCUCUGUGGUCCUCCCUCUGGGUGGACAGGACUCAUGGGGACAAGACGCCAGUUCAGCUUCUUGUUCUGUUUGUUUUGGUCAAAUAAAGGAAAGUUUAAAAUCACUCGAUUUACUUUUAAAAAGCAAAGUAGAGCUGUGUUGUCACUGCUCAGUAGUUUAUGUUUCGGUUAAUUGACUUUUAGAAAACCGUUAAACGUUGUCCGCACGUUAAAGUUCAAAGGUCUUGUCAUUUAACGAUGGAGGAAUUGUUGGGUACCAUAAAAAUAUAACGUUUGGUCAAGUGAUGUCAAAAUGUGAAUUGUAUGGUGUUGUAAGGGCCUGAGGGGAAGGCUGGUGGCUGCAGUCGACAUUCCAGAAGGCUCCACCCACUCAAGAGCAUCAGGUGUGGGAAGAGAUGCACCUGAUCGAGGUCUCCUCGUCAGGGAGGCAAGCAAAGGGCGAGGAGGGGAACGAGCAUAUAUAUAUAUAUAUAUAUAUAUAUAUAUAUCAAUAAAGCUGUCCUUUUCAACCCGAGCUGUAAAGGUCGAGCCUCGUUUUAAGAGUUUUUAAUAAGAACUACAGUUGCAAAUGAAGUGAAGAUGAAACUAUAAGCUCCUGGGACAACACUUCGUGGGCAUUAUCGUAAAAAGAAGAACGUACAUUUCUCAAAACAAUAAGUUGCAUAUGUCCGUUAUGUCCGAUGUUUUAAAUAAAUAAAGCAAAAUGACAGCA